UCGUCAAUGGAUUGGGCAUUAAACCACACCACCUCCCCUCCCAGCACAAUGUUGACAGGGGCAGCGCGAUGAGGAGUGAUCAACCUUGGUCUCCGCAGUGCAGCCAGAUGUUGCAGCAAGUGCACGGUAAAAUGGCCCGCCGGAGUCGAUCAUCAGUGAGACACACGCCUUGUCAUCAGAUGCCUUCAAUGGCCGAUGCGCAUGGCCAUGAGACCGACCAUGGAUAGCCUGCAGCAAACCGUUGUUCGGGACCAUCAGAUUUUGAUGAUGACGCAGAUGAAGGUGAAGCGCGCGAAGAUGAAGAUGACGAUGACGAUGAUGGAGACGCCAACAACAUUUCUGCGCAAAAUUCGGACAAUGUGCACGACGACUGAGACAGUGCACAACGGUCCAACCAAGGGCAGAACUUGGAUGGACGGGAGGGCGGUCGUCAUCGUAACAAUUCCAAGGGCAAAGACAGUGUUGCGAAAAAACAAGAAACAAAAUGUCCCUUGGACGUUGGAGGAGAGGAUCACCCUAGUGAAGAUAAUGGGGAAGGACGACGCCCUAAUGGUUGAUACUGACGGUCAACAUCAGUUCAUGAAGAGGAAGGACAUGUACGCAUGGGUGCACGAUCGGAUGAAAGACAACGGAUUUCGCCACAGGACAGCGGAGAAUUGCCGGAAGAAACGGAAGAACAUGUUGAGCAAGGCGAAGCUUAUCCUCGACAGUCGCGAGAAUGCGUUUUGCAUGCCUUCGUAUUUUGACUUGCCGGUGGAGAAGCAGGAGUUGGAGGUGCCUCUUGCCUUUGAGAAACCGCUUUGGGAGGCGAUGCAGUCCAUGACUUGUGACAAGACAUUGACGUUCGAGGAUUUGGCCGGUGUAGGUGGGGAGACAACUCACAAUGCUGCUUCCGGAAACCUUGGUUCAGGGAGAAGCAGUUCGGACGACAGAACGACGGAGGAUUCCGAAGGUGCAUCCAAGAGACAGAGAACGAACAGCRGCAAGCCAAGAGGAGGACAUUGAGUUGUGGGGGGCCACCGUUAGGGAGGGUGGUGGAGGAAUUAACGAGGGGAUAUUGUGAUAGUUUUGAGAAAGCCACCUCCACUU